CCUGUGGACUGCUGCGUUGACGUUAAAGUAUCAGCAAAAAGCACGCGACAUAAACAACCAAUACGGAACAGGCAGGGUGUAAAUAGUAAAACCUCACUUGAAAUGUGAAGUUUAUCGACAAAAAGUUAUUCCAUUUACGUGUUCAUACUAAUCAACCCAGGACAAGAUAGAAAUAAUUUAUUAUAUAUUCACUGUUUAAAAAUUAAUGAUUGAAUUCCCUGUUCCAUAAUUAUCAACAGCGGAAGACAAGAGAGAGAGCAGGAAGGGCUGUUUGUCAAAUCGUGGAUUAACUUUGCUCUAAUCACGAACAGUUUUCCAAAAAGUUUUACUUAUAUGUCAUCCCAGGAAUACCAAUUGUAAGGUAUAGAGACUUUGUCCAGCACCAUGUUUAGCCGUGUUCUGUGUGCCUUACUUUGUGUGUUACAAGACUUAACAGUUGUCAGCUCAAUGUGGGACGAAUGGUGGACCUAUGACGGAAUUUCCGGUCCCUCCCGCUGGGGAUCGUACAACACGGAGUGGGAACUGUGUGAUAAAGGCCGCUUCCAGUCUCCCAUUGACAUCAAUCCGGCCAGUAUUGUAUUUGAUCCCAAUCUCCAGUCCCUUAACAUUACAAACGAAAAGAUAGAUGGUGUAUUGAUGAAUACAGGACACGACAUAAGAGUUUCCUUGAAUAAAACACACGGUCAUCGGUUAAAUAUUACGGGAGGGCCUCUAUCGUACAGAUACUCAGUUUUCCAAAUCAAACUUCACCUAGGUACAGAAGACAACAAAGGCUCUGAACAUCAAGUGGCGGGAAAGUCUUUCCCUGCGGAGAUACAACUUUUAGCCUAUAAUUCAGAGUUAUAUGCAAAUGUGACACACGCCAAAAAGUCUCCGUAUGGAAUUGCUGUGGUGGCAAUAUUGGCAGCUUUAAAAGAUCUUGGAAAUCAGCAUUUUAGUGUUUUGGUGAGAGCAGCAACAAAACUCAAUAGUAAAGGAUUGUCUACAGAUCUUUAUAAAUUUUCCGUGUCCGAAAUUUUGCCAACCACCAUGACCUACAUGACAUAUGAAGGGUCUCUAACACAGCCUGGUUGCCAAGAGACAGUCACUUGGGUCAUACUUAACAGACCUAUGUAUAUUUCCAGUUACCAGUUAGAAAAACUUCGGGAACUAACAAGAGGAAAUGGAAUAGGAGAUCCGCUCAUGGAGAACAAUUUUAGACCAGUGCAGCCAGAUAAUAGACGUUUAGUGCGGACCAACAUCCCAAUAAAAGAGGAGCCAGACUGUACAAUAAAGAAAACGACCAGUUAUAUUGUUAAUAAUAAAUUAAAGCCAAGUUAAUAAUCAAACAAUAGUGUGCUGCUACAAUUGAAGGGCUUCCAUAUAUAUAUAUUUGUAUCCUGUUACACUAGUUUGUCUUCCAGAGUGUUUAGUAAAUUGAGCUUCAAAAUGUUGUUUAUGCUGAGCUGGAGUGUUCAUAGAGAAAAAAAAUCACGGACUUCAAAUGCAGUCUUAGAUGAGUACUUUUUAUGUUAAUGUGCAAGUCAUUAUUUCUUUAACUAUUAUUAUAUAAAAUAAAACUGUCAAUUUUUUGUGUUAAAAUAAAGAAUAAAGCUUUCAAUGUACAGGCUUGGAUAAAACGUAAACUUUGGAAUAAAAGCAGAUUAGUAAAUAU